AUGGAAACCACAGCUACCGGCGUGGUCCAAUACGGGCCCGAAUAUUCGGCCUACAAAUGGGAUCGUUUCAAUGCGGACCCGUGGGCGAAUAUGACCGUAGUUGAUAAGGUCCCGCCGGAAAUUCUGCACAUGGUAGAUGUCCACUGGUACCAGUUUCCUCCAAUGAAUCCUAUGUGGCAUAGUAUACUAGGUUUUGUUAUUGGUCUCCUCGGCAUAAUAUCAUUUAUAGGAAAUGGAAUGGUUAUAUACAUUUUUACUAGCACUAAGCAGCUGCGAACUCCUUCAAAUCUAUUAGUGAUCAAUUUGGCUGUGUCCGACUUUCUGAUGAUGUUCUGGAUGUCACCACCGAUGGUUAUAAAUUGUUACUACGAAACUUGGAUACUAGGGCCCCUAAUGUGCGAACUUUACGGUAUGUUUGGAUCGCUCUGUGGAUGUGUUUCAAUUUGGACAAUGACUAUGAUCGCUUUUGAUCGAUAUAAUGUUAUAGUAAAAGGUCUUGCCGCCAAACCAUUGACGAAUAAAGGGGCAGUUUUGCGGAUCCUAUUAGUUUGGAUAUCUUCUGGUCUAUGGGGAAUUGCACCUUUCUUUGGUUGGAACAGGUAUGUUCCCGAAGGCAAUAUGACAGCUUGUGGAACUGAUUACUUGAAUAAAGACUGGUUUAGCAGAUCAUAUAUUUUAGUGUACUCGGUUUUUGUAUAUUACUUACCUCUAUUUUGUAUUAUAUAUUCCUACUUCUUUAUAGUGCGAGCAGUUGCUGAACACGAAAAAAGCAUGAGAGAACAAGCUAAGAAGAUGAAAGUAGCUUCUCUUCGAUCUUCCGGAUCUGGUGCAGGCGCUAGCGACAAAAGUGCAGAAUUUAAAUUGGCCAAGGUUGCUCUCAUGACUAUUGCGCUUUGGUUCUUUGCAUGGACACCAUACUUGGUAAUCAACUAUACUGGAAUUUUUGAAACUUUUACAAUCAGCCCAUUGGCAACGAUUUGGGGCUCCUUAUUUGCUAAAGCAAACGCUGUCUACAAUCCGAUAGUUUAUGGAAUCAGCCAUCCUAAAUAUAGAGCAGCUCUAUUCAAGAAAUUCCCGUCAUUAAUGUGUGCUCCAGAACCACAACCAGAAGUCGAUCUACAAUCACUAGCUUCCGGAGUAACAGCUGUUUCGGAAUAAUUCUUUGCU